GUUGCUAGUUCUUCUAGUUUGAAAUAAUCUUUUAAGCCUACUUCCAUUUUAGUUUUCUUGGUAUUAUUAUUUUACUGGAGCAAGAGAAUGGUAUCCGAGGAGGAAUUAAUGGAGAUUUUAAAAACUACACUUCGAGAUAAUGGUCAAUAUGGAAGAAUCAAGGCAGACUUGAUGAAUCAGCUGAUGAACGCUCUAGGUAUGGAUAAACAGCAGCUGAUUGACACAGAUAAGCCUCAACCUCCUGCCAACAUAAGUCUUGUAAAUCAGCUGAUCUUAGAAUAUCUAAACUGGGCCGGCUACAAGUUCUCAGAGAAAAUGUUUACUGCAGAAGCAUCCGUCCCUGCUACGACAACCUCAAGGAAUGAUCUCAAACAAGAACUUAAGUUAAAAGAGUGUCAUCAUACAGAAGGACUGCCACUACUACUUCUACUACUCUCAACAAUGAAAGAUUCACAAUCCAACAGUCAAAAUUAAAAUCUAUACAGCUAUAAUAAAAUUCCACAAUGUCAUCAACUCACGAAAAAGAAGAUCCAAAUAUAGAGACAACAAACAGAGUAGUUGCAGAAGAAGAUAAACAAGAGUCUAC